AUGUCCGAAACCUCUGAUUAUGUCCCAUACGUUCCAAUGCUCCCUGUAACAGUCCCAAACGACGUUCCUCUCGGAGCCAACAUUCUCUUCUCAAAGCAGUGCGACCACUGCCUCUCUCGGAGCGUAGAUUGCAAAUAUUCCCGCUCGAUGGAUAGCACGAGGACACCCACUCGUUGUGAUGGUUGCUGGAUCAACGGACGGACAUGCACGUACAACCUGCUCAGUGCCUACGGCGGCUUGACCAUCGAGGACGACAUGCCCCUAUCCGCGCUUGCAUACAUGGAUAGCAACGGCUUCCGCAUCAAUCCAAGGCUGCAAGGCCGUGAUCUGAUCUUGGCAGAAGGCGCCGUUCGAUACUUUCUGGAAAAAAGCUCUCCACAGAGCUACUCGGUGUUGGCGUGGCCUUGUGAGGUUUACAGGCCGAUCUUCGGGAAUGACGAACAGUGGCCCAUACUCGAACGCUACAGUUUUCCCAAAAGACUCGCCAUGCAUUCCUUGUCAGUCGCAAUGCUCGGCUAUAAUCUCGAACAUCAGUGCCGUCCACCAGUUAUGCCCUGGGUUGUGGAAACGUGCGGCACCGAAGUGUGCCUACCCAUUGCACCCUUCCGCCAUCUAGAUUAUCUACGACCGCGGGUCAGCCCGCUCUGGCAGCACCAGGGGCCCAUCGACGUGUCAUGGCUCCAGCCUCACAGCACUAGCUUCCAGCAGUCCGAGUCACAGGGGUGGCAUCCGUUGUCUCGUCCUCCAAGUCCACCGCCAGCCUACCCACAAUCUCAGAGGACACAAGACGAGGCUCGUGGAGAGACUGACGAAGAACCCGGUGGCAACAUUGGAUUGGGUGGUGCGGCCUCCCUGUCACAGCCCAGCCGCUCCAUCAUCACCACCAUGAACGCCGCAAUCGAUGGCAAUGUCGUGCUAGGCCGGCCUGAACUAUCUCCUCCUACACUCCCAUACCGGGCCAUCUUGAAUUCCUCACAGAGCAGCGUUCACGUGCACGACAAUGGACCAGCAAUCGACGACGAAGGCGCCCGCACAGAGGCAAAUAGCUAUCUUUCAUACAUCGACAUAGGCGGUGCGGAACGGCAGCUCACAGAGGCAGAUAUUCGCGGGAUCAAAGUACACCGCAGCAGGUAUGUGCAUGCAAGAACGGAGCUUCUGCGGGGCUCCCAGAACCCAGCCUGGCAGCUCUUCGAGAUGGGCAGGUGCGCAAUGGAUGAGGAGCUAGUGACAAAUCUCCCCUUCGGACUGAUGGAGCUCGCGGACGAUUCGCCAAAUGUGGAGAUUCAAAAUGUGGUGCGCCUCCGGGAUGGGAUGGAGGCCGGAGAUAUGAUGCUUGCCGGUUGGCAUUGCUGGGACCUUGCUGCACGAGCGGAAACGCCACCAAGAGGGGGUCACGGUGAACUAGCCCCUGAAUAUGGUUACAUAUGA